AUGCUUCGACAGGCCCUCUCCGCUUCGUCCAGAGCGCUUCGCUCCGGACCCAGACAAGCAAUCGUCAGCAGGCCCUUGGCCAUUCCACGACGGCAAUGCCAAACGGCCAUCCCAUGGAGGCCAACGCCGUGCGAGGCCGUUAGGUGGUACAGCGAGGCCAAGGAGGCUCCAGCUGAGCCUGCCAAGAACGGAAAGGACGGCAAGGAAACCUCCGGCGGGAACGGCGAGACGGACGCUUUGGCCGAGCUCAAGAAAGCUCUCGAGGCAAAGGACAACGAAGCAAAGGAGUGGAAGGACAAGUGCCUCCGCACCGUAGCCGACUUCCGCAACCUUCAGGACCGCACCCAGCGCGAGGUCAAGACGGCGCGCGACUUUGCCAUCCAAAAGUUCGCCAAGGACCUUGUCGACAGCGUCGACAACCUCGACCGCGCCCUCACCACCGUCCCCGCCGACCGGCUCACCGCCUCGGCCGACCAACCGUCGUCGGCCCACCUCCAGGACCUCGUCAACCUGUACGAAGGCAUCAAGAUGACGGAGAACAUCCUCGUCCAGACGCUGGCGAAGCAUGGCCUCGAGCGCCUGGACCCCCACGGCGACAAGUUCAACCCCAACGAGCACGAGGCCACCUUUAUGGCGCCCCAGCCCGAGAAGGAGAACAACACCGUCUUCCACGUCCAGCAGAAGGGCUUCAAGCUCAACGGCCGUGUCCUGCGCGCCGCCAAGGUCGGUGUCGUCAAGAACAGCUAG